AUGGACCUAUGCACCAUCAAGAGAAAGCAUCAUGUGAAGAAGACCGCAUUCCUAACAGAACAGGUAAGUGCAGUUAUCCAACAUAAGACCCCGCCAAAGUAUAAGGAUCCAGGUUGUCCUACGAUAUCGUGUACUAUUGGAGAUUACAUCAUGGAGCAUGCAUUGCUAGAUCUUAGGGCAAGUGUUAAUUUGAUCCCUUUCAGUGUAUAUCAAAAACUUGGACUUGGUGAGUUGAAACCUACUUCAAUAACUUUACAGUUGGCUGAUCACUCUGUAAGGGAACCGAGAGGGAUUGUUAAGGAUGUGUUGGUGAAAAUUAAACAAUUUUAUUAUCUUGUUGAUUUUAUUGUUCUAGAUUACCAACCUGUUUUACAUCCUAAUGUUCAUACCCCUAUUAUUUUGGGUAGACCUUUUCUUGCCAUAGCUAAUGCUUUAAUUAAUUGCAGGAAUGGGAGAAUGCAACUCACUUUUGGUUCCAUGACUUUGGAGCUAAACAUAUUUCAUGUGGCUAAACAACCCCAUGAGGAUGAUGACUGUGCUUAUGUAAACCUCAUUGGGGCGAUGGUUCAAGAAGAGUUUAAUAAGAAUUGUUUUUCUAAUCCUCUUGAAACUCUUCUUAAUAAUUCUGUUGGUUCUUAUGAUUUAGAAUGUGAUAUUCAUGUAUUUGAAAAUUUUUCUUUGUUGGAUUCCUCACAGGUUUUGGAAGAACAACAGAUGAUGGCAAUUUAUAAAGGGUGGAAGCCUUGCUUUGAGGAGCUACUUGAAAAAGAAAAAAAGCUCAUGCAUUCAAGUGAAAAGGCACCACAGCUGGAGCUUAAGCCACUGCCCGGUGGUCUUAAAUAUGCAUAUUUAGGCCCAGGUAAGUUAAAACCUAGAUGGGAUGGCCCUUUCAUUGUAAGGGAAGUGUUUAGCCAUGGAGCUAUAGUAGUUGAGGACCCUAGACAUGGUAGGAUUUUGGAAAUAAAUGGACAAAGGUUAAAACCAUUCUUAGGUGGAGUUAUACCAGAGGAGGAGACUAUGUCACUAAAGAUCCCUUCCUAUUGGGAUGCUAUGUGA